UUAUAGUCUGGGGAGCAGCUGAAACCCUAAAAAUCUGAACUCAUAAUAUAGUAAUGUUAAUUAUUUUUAAGUGAGGUGAGAAGGUAAAGUGUACGUGGAGAGUGGGAGGGAUCUCACUACUGUAGCCUCUGUGACUGGAGAAGUUGCCUGACUCGUUCCUCUUCCCCGGUGUGGAACAGCUCUCGUCCCCAUUGAGAGGAAGGAUGGACGCAGCGUACAAACAGACUGGAGACGACAUGGCUCUGGAUAAAGUGGGCGACAUCGAGGCACUGACAGCCCCCCGUGGAAAGGUGCAUCGGCCCAUCAACUUGAAUCACUACGCCACCAAGAAGAGUGCGGCUCAGAGCAUGCUGAACAUCGCCCUGCUGAUGGCCAACUCGUCCCAGCUGAAGACCGUUCUCUACGUGGGGCCCAACUACCGCUUCUACGUGCCCCUCAUCGCCCUGCUGUCUCUGUCCAUCACGCUUCAGGUCCUCGUGGGGCUGUUGCUCGUCUUUAUUGCAGUGAAGUACGACCUGAACGAUGUGAGGAAACAAGCCAAGCUGAACACGUUGAACAACGUAGCGACCGUGUUCGUCUUCUUCACCGUCCUCAUCAACAUCUUCAUCACUGCGCUGGGGUUUGAUGGAGAAGCGAUCAGGUUAUUCAAGUCACCUGCGAUGUCAAUAGCAGAGUUUCCAGUCCUGCCGAUCCACGACAAUGACACUGGUGGCAAUUAGAGCAGGUUUUGGACCACGAAGACGUUUCCUUGUUGACCUGAAGCCUCAGAGCCUUCAAAUCUAAUGGCCAACGAUCCUCCAGCUGGAAUAAACUCAUUUCUAAUUGGAUUUAAUGGAUCCACAUUAGGAGACUUUUGUGGAUCCAGGUUGGGAACAAAGACUCGUCAAACAAAACCUCAGCGAGCAUCUCCCUCAGCCUCCAUCCAGGACCACAGGCAGACAGAAGCAAACCUCAGCGAGCAUCUCCCUCAGCCUCCAUCCAGGACCACAGGCAGACAGAAGCAAACCUCAGCGAGCAUCUCCCUCAGCCUCCAUCCAGGACCACAGGCAGACAGAAGCAAACCUCAGCCUCACCACGCGGCCUCACCUUCAGUCCUCCACCGCUGUGCGUUUUCUCACAAAUAUAAGAGAUUUUAUUGAUUCAGUUCAAUGUUCCAUUGGUGGAAAGCAACGACCCCUGAACCCUGGAGAGGAUGACUGGUAUUUUUGCACCGCUUUGUCCCAACGUCAGCGGGGUUGAUGAAAGGCUCUUUGGUCAGAGAUCUGAAUUAGUUCUGUGCAAGAGGCUCAGAAGAGACUUUAGCCUUCAUAUUACAUUUUCUAUGGCAUAAAAUACGUAGUAAAAUUGUGAAUUUUGAAACUUUGACAUGUUCUUAACACCUCCAACAAAAGAAUCAGGGAACAUCAACUUCUGGGUUGACUUGCCUGUGUCCCCGUAGGCCAGAUCCCUGUCGCCCUCCGUGUCUGGAAACACGCCCACUGGCCGGUUAAUACUUUGACAUUCUUGGUAAACAUGUUAUAACCAGUUGUAACCAUCGACAGAUGACAACCUUUGGUUUUUGAAUGGGAGUGACGAUUGAUGGAUUGGAAAUAAGGAUUUUCUGUUGUGCUACAUGAUAACACAGGCUGCAUAGGACCAACUCACACAUGUGACGGAACCGCUGCAUGAAACAAAUCAAAUAUAAAAACUCCACAAAGAAGCAAAGACAUUAAAAGGAGAGGCUAACAGCAUUCUUUAUUUCACUUACUGUCGAUAAACCCUAUGAAAAUAAAACAACCUUCAACAA